CUAGAAUCGGAUGCGAACACAGGACCAGCCACUUGACAGCUUUCGCUGAUCCGUCUGACGAGGGCAAAUGUCUCCAUUUUUACAUUCCUUUUUGGGCUGAAUGACCUCCAUCUCGAUGACAGGGGUGUUUUUUAGCGCUGUUCGACUCGGAUCAAGCCCCUCCUCCAAUUCCCCGCUGCCGAGUCGACGCUUGAUCUGCUAGAUGGAUUUGAGCGAUAACAGUUCUCACCCCGUCAUCGUCGCUUUUAUGACCGGCGCGACUAUCGGCGUCAUAUUCCAGACCUUAUUCUAUGGCAUCUUUGUGGUCGUCAUUCUCUUCUCGACUCACGUCCUUCUGCGGGAGAAACCGAGGACUAGAGUGAAGGUGGUCAUGCUGGUCACAUCCCUCUGCAUGUUUGCGAUCUCGAGUGCCGUCUGGACACUGUCUCUGGUCAACCUCAUCAAGAUCAUCAAGAACGUUGGUUCACCCGACCCUGUGACGUCGUUGGAUCGCGCAUUUGACGCAUUGAAUAACGCAGGCAAUCCUUUGUAUGAAUCCAUCGAGAUCAUAUACUCGAUCAAUCCCAUUCUCGCUGACGGGGUCAUCAUUUGGAGGGCAUGUGUGCUAUGGCAGGGUAACAAGUCUGCAUUGAUUGUUGUGUCGUGCUUCCUCAUCGCAGGUUAUGCGGUCGCUUUAUUCAUAUCAGUAGGAUGUGCUGUAAAGGGGAUCGCGCUCGAUAACGUAUUUUGCGGGGACAUGCAGAUCGUUGGGUUGGUAAUGUUUCUGUCGACUAACGUUGCCACCACUUUCUCAAUCAUGUUUACCGCCUGGAGGCAAAGACGGUUCAUAGUGGCCAGUCUUGGACGGAGUGCCAAGAGAACACACGCCGAGAACAUUUUAGUUCUUCUCAUCGAGUCUGGUGCACUUUACUGUUUGAUUUGUGUGGUGUUUAUUUUCUGCGAGUUCAUCCGGCUUCCUGGAAACAUAUUCGUCAUCCAGUGGUCAUGGCCGAUAAUGACUCAUAUAUCUGGUAUUUAUCCUACGAUCAUACUUCUCCUCGUCGCCCUCAAGAAGACAGUAUGGGAUUCGUUCGGUGAGUCCGGUAUUCAGGCCACAUUGCCUGGCAUCCAAUUUCGCUCUGUGUCUGGAGCCUUGGAAGAUAUGGAGAACGCCACCGACCAUCCACCCUCCGUCAAAUAGAUCCACCUUCUUGGAAGUUCAGCGAGGUGACGAAAUAUAAGGACGAGGGGUCAUACGCCACCCGUUUCCUCUGUGCAUCAUCGCAGGCUGCACGCUGCUUGAUCUUUUCAUGUGCUGUACAGAAGCCACGAUCGGACUCAAGAUUUUUGGGCUUCAAAACGUUCGCGCGAUGACCACCUCGCCUGGUAUUCAUUCACCUCUUGACUACGCUAGAUUAUAACGCCUCGCUGAGAUACAAUGAGCCUUUGGGUUCGACGGGGACAUUUGAGGACUUUGGGAGGAUGCACUCGGCAUGGUUGGCGUCCUAUAGCAUUGGACUGUGUCAACGUCAAUGUGUUGGACAGCUUCCGUGAACGCUGCCCAGUCGGUCAGCGUGGUGUCGAUCAUGUCUUUGAUAGCAACAGGGCACUCGCGGCGAAUCGGUCUGACGUAUACGG